GGAGGUAGGCGGAGGUAGGCGGAGGUCCACGGAGCUAGGCGCAGUGGCGACACCGGGCGGAUGUGGGCGGAGGCGGGAUCGCAAAGCGAAGAUGGCAACGGGAGCGGGAUCGGAAAGCGGAGGUGGCGACGCAGGGCGUGGGAUCGGGAGCGGGAUCGGGAGCGGGAUCGGGAAGCGGAGGUGGCGACGCAGAGCGCGGGAUCGGUAGUGGGAUCGGGAAGCGGAAGUGGCGACGUCGAGGUGGCGACGCAGGGCGCGGGGUCGGGAGCGGAAUCGGGAAGCGGAGGUGGCGACGGGAGCGGGAUCGGGAUCGGAAAGCGGAGGUGGCGAUGGGUGGACGAUAGGAUUCCUAGCGGAGGUCCUCAUGUGGCGAGGGCGGCGUCCACAGUCCCAGUUGGGGCACGGAAGCAGGGCGAUGACGUCAUUGAUUUGGAUGGCGAGGGAAAGGGUGGCGGGGAGGACGCCAGUACAUACUCGCAGCGGCCAGGGAAGCAGCCCGUUGGUGAGGGUGAUUCAAAUUUAGGGAAGAGGAAGGAUAUGGACGGUGCCACGAUGCAGCAGGGGAAGACGAUGAGGCAGCCAACGAUAAAAGAGGCGUUCGGGUCUGGCUGGGCUGCCAAACACAGGAAGUUGUGGUUGCGCUUUGUGUACAGCAACCAGCUAGCCUUCAACAUCAUUCGGAGCCCCACAUGGAAGGCGUACACCGCACACUUCAGGGACAAACCCCCUUCAGUGCCCAUGAUUUGGCCUUCCGAGAACGAAGUCGCAUCAAUGGAUACGGUGGUUGAGAUGGCAAUCAACGUUGUUGCCGGUCUUAAGGAUGUCCAAGGGUCAUUUGACCACACAGGGGCCACGAUCCUGUCCGACGGCAGGAAGUCUCACGAUGGGAGACCCAUCGUCAACUUCCUAGCAGCUGGUGCUCGAGGAGUGAUGAUGUGGAGCACCCUCAAUAGGGAGGAAAUCCUUAGCUUGGGUGGCUGGGAAAGAGCUUGAAUUCCUUGAGAACUUGAACUCCCGCUUCCGGAAAAUGCUGAAUGAAGAGUACCAGAAACU